CGAACAAGGGACGGUCACACUGUCAACUUAAAUAAACUAUUUGUUGAGAUAUUUCCUUUACGUAUUCUUAGUUAUCCUGCUAAAUGACGCGCCACGCCCGCAACUGUACGGCCGGAGCCGUGUACACCUACAACGAGAAGAAGCGCGAUGCGGCGGAGUCCGGUUACGGAACGAAUGCACAGCGCUUGGGCAAGGAUUCGGUGAAAUCCUUCGACUGCUGCUCGCUGACGCUGCAGCCGUGCCGUCGUCCAGUGAUCACCAAGGAUGGCUAUCUCUUCGACAAGGAGGCCAUCCUGCAGUACAUCGUGACCAAGAAGAACGAGUACAGCCGCCGGCUGAAGGAGUAUGAGCGUUUGCGACGCGCCGAGGAGGAUCAGCUCAGCCAGGAGGCGAACAGCAAACAGCAGGCGCGCAUGGAGCGUUUUGUCAACGCCGAGAAGCCAGCGAUGACACCUGCCCACACGGCCGCCGUUAGCGAGAAGCCCUCCACUUCAUCGGCCGCCGCCGGAGCUUCAUCCUCGUCUUCCGCUGCCUCCUCUUCCUCGUCCGCUUCUUCCAUCUCGAACAUGACCAACGGUCACGAGAAGAAGCUGCCCAGCUUCUGGCUGCCCUCCGAGUGUCCCAAUGCCGGGGUGGCCAAGGCCCAGAAGCCCGAUGCCACCAUCUACUGCCCGGUGUCGCAGCAACCGUUGCGAGUCAAGGAUCUAAUCGAUGUGAAGUUCACGCUGCUCAAGGAUGGCGACUCCAAGCGAUCGCUGAUCGCCAAGGAGGCGCGCUACAUGUGUCCCAUCACCCACGACGUGCUCAGCAAUGCGGUGCCUUGUGCCGUGCUGCGACCAACUGGCGAUGUGGUGACCAUGGAGUGCGUGGAGCGACUGAUCAGGAAGGACAUGAUCCAUCCGCUGACCGAUCGCAAGCUCAAGGAGAAGGACAUCAUUCCCCUGCAGCGAGGCGGCACUGGAUAUUCCACCACCAACGACAACCUGCAGGCCAAAGAAAAGCGUCCCAUGCUUCAGGUCUAAGACGAAUUUCCCUUAUCUACAGUUAUUUAAGCCCAAUUCACAGAAAUUGUCUACACAUAGAAAUCAAAAAGAAGCAUUACAUUCAAGCAGGAAUUUAAAAACAAAUAGUUGUGAAAUUUUAGAUUGUACAUAGGCUUUCUAACUCUUCAAAUUAUGAUGUCCUUUUAGUAAUUCACCUUUAACUCAUUUUAUGUUAGUCUUAAAAAAGUACAAAAAUACUUUUAGUGCCACUCUACAAAUGUGUUAUAUUAAAUUUGAUCUGGAUAAUUAUAUUCCAUAAAUAGAAUCAAAACCACUACACAAGUAAUUGUAAAAAUCAAUUGACUCGCAAGAGAGUUUACAAUAAAAUCUGUACCAAAUUGUAAAAAUAAAAUGUUGCAUUAAAUCAUUAAAUGUCAUUUUACCUAAAA